UUUUUUCUCAUGAUCUAGCAAAGAAAGAGAAAGGCAAUAGCAGAUAGGAAAAGGCACAUUUUAGACAUACGAAAAUGGAGCGGUUGUAGUACAGAGAAAUGAAGAAGGACAGUCCAUGAUUUGUUCCUGGGAAAAGAGCGGUUGUACAUGGAACAAAUGUCUGUGCAAUCGGUCGAGCAUAAAAUACACCAAGGUGGGGUGUGUGUGUGUGUGUUUUGCCUACACCACACCACUCGAGCGGCGGGAAAAAAAAAUGAGUGUGAAAGAGAUACAGCCGGUAGUGUUAGAGAAAGAAGCAUCUUGCGUUGUCAGUGAACAUAGUCACCAGGCGCAGAAGCAGUCAGAAGAACAGGUCAAAGAGAGUACUCUAUCCAGUUCUUCCGCCCAUGAAGACAAAGGCGAUGACCAGCAGACAGUAGCAAUGGAUGCAACCCAUGGUCAACAUGGAGAAGAAGAAGAAGAAAGGGUAGACUAUGCUCCUAACGAGGAGAGUCAACAGAGGUCAACAGAGAAUGAUUUCUCGCAAGUCAUCACAGCCAUCCAAGAGAGUGUACAGUCCAACAUUUCUGAAGCAAGGACAAUGCAGCGCUUAAGUGGACAGGAUGAACAGGAUAAAAAGGAGGAGGAAAAUCAGGAUACUUGUGUUUCUGAUGAUGCUACUAAAGAAAAGAGAGAAGCGUUAUCACUCGAUGCUGCAUGUGGAGACAAAGGUGAUGAAGAGAAUAUCAUGGCUGCGAGCGCGCCAAGUUCCCCUCGUCCCAGAGCGGUUACGAUGAAACAAGUAGAUACUGUACAAAACCAAACAAACAGUGAGACACUAUCGGAUGGCCUAGAGGAGCUUUCGAUAACGGACGAAAUGACCUCACCCACGCGAGGCAUUGCCUUGAACAAGGAUGCUAAUGAUGAUGAUGAAAGAACGCCAUCCACUACAGAUCUAUCAGAAAACCAAGAAAGCCAGAUGGCAUCCAAUGGCAUCACAACAGAGAAGGAGGAAAAAGUGACUACUACUACUACAGUGAUGUCAGCGAAUACAAAUGAUCUUAAACUGGCCAAUAUUGAUUAUACACAAGUAAAAGAAAACUUUUUGAGCCCUAGAGCUCAAGAAAGAUUUGAUCAUGAAAUGUUGAAGGGAGUAAGAUUGUUUUUCAAUAAUAAGUUUUCAGAGGCUAAACAGAUUUUCGAGAGACGAUCCACUCAGGAUCCACUGUAUGCAUUAGGUCUUGGCUCGAUGGCAUUUAUACAAGCUAUUACGUCAUACAAUCCUAAAGAUGUGGAAAGGGCUCUUUCCAUUUUAACCGACACUUAUCAUUUUGCCAAUGCACAAAUUGAGGCUGCAUCGGCUCAAAAACCGUUCAAAGAUACUGUAUCUCAUUACAUUACCAACUUGAUGGGAGCCAACUCUACGAACCUUCCUACGAAUACACGACCCUUCAAUAAGUAUGAGCUUCAAGAGCAGCAGUUUUUGCCCAAUGGUGCAUUGCGUGCGCAUGUCAUCAAGGCAGAAUGUGCGCUGUUGAUGGCUAUGCUUUAUCUAUCCAUGGAAACCAUGGUUGGCUAUCUUAAAGCAGGAUUGAAUCUUCGAAGAGCGUAUAGUAGCUAUAGCCUGGUAUGGCAAGAAUAUAAACGGAUGGGUCAGCAUUUCCAUAAAUACAUGGACGAUAAUACGGUCUCGGCUAUUCAAUUUGGUAUUGGCUCUGUGCAUUUAUUAUUGUCCUCGUUGCCGCCAAAGAUUUUAAAGAUUGUUUCUGCGUUUGGAUGGAAAGCCGACAAACAUCUUGGUUUUGCGUUAUUGAAAGUGUGUCUUGAAGAAAAACGGAUUCGAUCACCCCUUGCCUCGUUAAUGUUGGUUUCUUACUAUGUCCUCCUUACGAGUUAUGCGCCUCAAAUACUUGUGCGUGAAUUCAUUCAGCCGGCCAUUGAGUGUCUUUUGGAUGCUCAGCAAAAUUAUGCGAAUUCAGCGUUUUUUCUGUUUUUUGCAGGCCGUGUCUCUCGUUUAGCGCGCAAUAUCCCUCUGUCGACACAGUCGUUUUCGUAUAUGCAUGAGGUGACCCAAGGCGAUUGGGCCGAGACAACGCUGGGUCGUUUAGCCACGUAUGAGAUGGCGGUCAAUGCAGCGAUGGGGUUGGACUGGGCGAGUGCGGCAGCUCGUGCGGACGAGCUGCAGUCGAGCUACAAUGCACCGGCUUAUUUGAAAUUCUUUUACGGCGCGUGUAUGGAGAUGAUGUCGGGCAAGCGAACGGAAGCGAUUCUUGCGUUUGCAGAAGCGCGUCAACUCAUGGACAAGAAACGCCAUUCGGAGCCUGAGCAAUAUGUCGCGAACCGAGUCGCUUUUUUCGAGCUCAGUGGGUAUCAAGACCUCGAGUUCAGUUUGCCUGCGUUGGAGCUCUUGUUCACAAGUAAUGCCUUCCCUUGCAUGGCACCUGCCUGUCUGGAGCAAUGCUUGACGACCGUCGAUGAGACGCUGAACGCCCUCCAUGAACGUGAACAACUGGAAUACGAUGUGCGUAAAGUAGAGCUCGUGCCUGAAACAGCAGCACCUGAUUACUACGACCAACGAGGCACGCUUUUGUUGCUCAGAGCAUCUCUAUUGAAUGCUUUAGGCCGUUAUAAGGAAGGUAUUCCUCAUUUAAAUUGGGUGAUAGACAAUAGAGAGAAAUUCAAGCAUACCAAAUGGCUUGUUCCAUUUGCUUAUUGGUAAGUACGACCAUGGGGUAUCCUGAGGCGGGGGGGGGAGGAAACUAUGUUGUAACUAUUGAUCGUAUUUUUCUCUCAAGGGAAUCUGGUAAUCUCUGCUGGGGAACUGAGCAAUUCACCAAAGCACGAGCACUAUGGGAAUCGACAUUGAGUCAUUCAGGAUAUGAUUUCGAGUACAGAUUAGCGACGGUAAAGUAUUAUUUGUUGAUAACUAUGUUUUUUUCUCUAAAAAGUCAUGAUCUAUUGAAACAUACAGGGCCAAAAAAAAAAAAAAAAAAAAAAA